AAAAAUGCGAGUUUUUGGUGUUGAGGUAGUUUUACUGACGUCAAGGACUUCAGGUUCCGAUGGGGACAAGUGCCAGCCAUUUACAGCCACAGACAGCCACCGCAGCCACGCUUUCGGAGCACACGUGGCGACACCCUAGACCUAAUUGGAUCAUUCACCACCAAACGUUAGGACCCGAUGAUUGGUCCAGCGGAUGCGUUUCUUAUCACAUAAAGGCUCUUCGGAUUCCGUCCUACUUGAUAUAACCGCCUCCACUCUCGAUCUUAGGAAAGCGGAAACUGCACAGAUACUAUCAUUUCGCUCGUUUCAUAGAGCAUGCAUUACAUCCCCGAGCUCAUCUGCCUCUCGUUGGCAAUCUCCGGGGCGUCUGCAGCCGCCAUUCCGGACGUCUCCAGCACGUUGCAGAAUGUCCUGAAGAACACGGAUAGGUCGAAUAGCUAUCGGUAUCCGACAGACUUUACGAGGGGCAUCGUUCCGAAAGCUAUCCAUAGUCAUAAUGAUUACUGGAGAGAUGUGCCGUUCUAUACGGCUCUGAGCUAUGGAGCUAUCUCGAUUGAGGCGGACGUCUGGUUGAUUAAUGGAACGCUUUACGUCGGCCACGACACCUCCUCCCUAACCCCGACCCGCACCCUCCAAUCCCUCUACCUCGACCCCCUCCUCUCCACCCUCCACCUCCUCAACCCCCCUCCAACCUCCCCCUUCACCACCUCCCCAACAAAAAGAGGCCUCUUCGACACCUCCCCCUCGCAACCCCUCUACCUCCACAUCGACCUCAAAACCCCCGGCCCCACGACCUGGCCCGCCGUCCUCGCCGCCCUCCAACCCCUACGCGCCCACGGCUACCUAACCACAUACAACCUCACGAGCGGCACCUGGACCGACAGCGCCAUCACCGUCAUCGGCACGGGCAACACGCCUUUGGACCUCGUGCGCGGCGCCCAGGGCGUGCGCGACGCGUUCUGGGACGCGCCGCUCGCGCUUUUGAAUUCGUCCUUGUAUGCGGAUGUGACGCGCUUCGAGGCGCCCGUCGCGAGCACGGAUUUGAUCGAGGCGGUCGGCGAGAUUCGCGGGUUGGAGGGGUUGGGUGAGAGGCAGAGGCGGGUGGUGCAGGAGCAGGUGGGGUGGGCGAGGGAGAGGGGCAUGUUGGCCAGGUAUUGGAAUGCGCCGGCUUGGCCGGUUAAGGUGAGGAAUGCGGUUUGGAAGGGGUUGUGGGAGGGUGGGGUGGGGUUGUUGGGGGUGGAUGAUUUGCAGGGCGGGGCGGUUUCGUAUAUGGGGUUGAUGGAGAGGGUGGGUUGUGAGAGGGAGUGUUGCAGCUAGGUGAUGGGUGGAAUAGAACGGGGAGCUCCUGAUGGUGUAGAACUGGACAGACAGCUCAUGGCAAGCGGGAAGAGUGGAACAUUGGAACCCGACCUCAUCAUUUCACGCAGCUGUAAUCCAUCUCUCAACACUCACACAGCUCAGAGGCACUCUAUCCUGCACAAGUUACACCUCUAACAUCGGAAUACUUACACAGUGGAAACCACUCGAGUAGUGAGACACCGCCCCAUGACGUCAACUCCAUCCCUCAACCGUCUACGCUUAUGACGCAUUCAACAGGUACACAGUAUCACAGUACAAGCAGAG